AUGUCUAAAAACAGCACCAAGGGCGUAGAUACCACCAAGGAUAAGAUAUCCUAUCCAGUAAACACUGAAGAGCCCGUGCGACGGAAAUGGCUAAAGACGGAACUGGAAGAUAUCAACAAGGUGGAUGAAAAUGACCAUACAGCCCCACCAGACGAAAGCGAAGACGAAGAAGAAGAAGCAGAAGAACCCGAGGAUCUUCAGAAUAAAAUACAACAAGAAAGUGAUACGGAAUCUGUCUCGUCAGAUGAAGAAGAACAAAUCGCAGCAGGUGCAGAUGAAGUGAAAAAGGAUAACAACCAGACGAUCGUUUCCGCCAAACCGGCUGAACGACCGACACCAAAAUCAGAGGAUGUGUCUCCAGAUUACAGUCAGAUGGAUCUGUUAUGGGGAGAAAUGGAAAGGAUUCAAGAACGUCAGAACAUUGAGACCAACAGAUACGAGCACGAUCAUCCUAUGGAGCAGGAAGAAUUAUGGGAGGAAGAUCCCGAGCUAUUGGAACGAACUGAAUCGAACCGCCAUAUACCUGUACCGCAGCCUGAUAAUCCCCAAAAGAAGGAUAAAUCCUUGCGUAACCGCAGUCAAUCUCUCCAUCGUCGUUUACUUGUAUUUGCCGAACCUCCAUGCGUCGUCUCUGAGCCAGAUCGUAUUGUUGUUACACAAGUGUAUGGAGUAGGGCCUACGGGCAAACCUAGCGAGUUGGAAGGUCAAUUACCCAAACGGAAAUCGCGCGCCUACUUUGUGGCAUGCGAUUUCAGUAAAGAAAGUUUCUACGCUAUUGAGUGGACAAUGGGCACCAUGAUGCGUGAUGGUGACGAAUUGCACGUUGCCACAGUCCUCAAUCGCGAGGAUAAUCCUGAUACAUCCGGCAUGACCGUAGAUAAAGAGCUGGAGGAGGCUUCACAUGCGGUAACGGACGAAGCGAAAAAGAUGCUGAGCCAAAUGAUGCUGUUUGAUAUCAAACUCCACACAUAUGCGAUCAUUGGACGGGUGAAAUCGGUCUUGAAAAAGCUGAUCAAGGAGCUUCAUUUGACGAUGGUGGUAUGUGGCAGUCGGGGUCGAGGCACCGUGAAAGGUCUGUUAAUGGGCUCCAUUUCUACGUACCUGGUACACAAAUCGGCCAUACCGGUCACUGUUAUUCGACCUCAGAAGAAGAAGAAGAAGAGCAAACAACAAUACGUAGAGGCAGUGCCUUUGAGUGAGAGUAUGCGAUCCGGGAACUUACAUGUUGAUGAAGUGGCAUAG